AUGAGCACAUGUUGUUGGUGUACGCCAGGUGGUGGUUCCACUGUUGACUUCCUAAAGCGCUAUGCAGCCAGAACCCCCACCAGUGAAUUUCAAACAGCUAAUGAAGACCUCUGCUACUGCUUGGAAUGUGUGGCUGAGUACCACAGAGCACGAGAUGAAUUGCCAUUCUUGCAUGAGGUUUUAUGGGAAUUAGAAACCUUACGUCUCAUAAAUCAUUUUGAAAAAUCCAUGAAAGGAGAAAUUGGAGAUGAUGAUGAAUUAUAUAUCGUAGACAACAAUGGAGAAACACAUUUAUUUGACUUUACUGGCCAAGACUUUGAAAAUAAACUCCGAGUUCCUCUUCUUGAAAUACUGAAAUAUCCUUACCUGCUUCUACAUGAGCGUGUCAAUGAGUUAUGUGUUGAAGCACUUUGUCGGAUGGAGCAAGCCAAUUGUUCCUUUCAGGUUUUUGACAAACACCCAGGGAUCUAUUUGUUUUUGGUACAUCCCAAUGAAAUGGUUCGGCGUUGGGCCAUCCUGACUUCAAGAAACUUGGGAAAAGUGGACAGAGAUGAUUAUUAUGACUUACAGGAGGUUUUAACUUGCCUUUUCAAAGUCAUUGAGUUGGGGCUUUUAGAAAGUCCAGACAUUUAUACUUCUUCUGUCCUGGAGAAGGGUAAAUUGAUUCUUCUACCAUCGCACAUGUAUGAUACUACUAACUACAAAAACUAUUGGCUAGGUAUUUGCAUGUUGCUGACCAUUCUUGAAGAACAAGCCAUGGAUUCUUUACUGUUGGGCUCAGACAAACAAAACGAUUUUAUGCAGUCAAUACUUCACACCAUGGAGAGGCAAUCAGAUGAUGAUAGUGUGGACCCCUUCUGGCCAGCAUUACACUGUUUCAUGGUGAUCCUGGAUCGCCUUGGAUCUAAGGUCUGGGGUCAACUUAUUGAUCCUAUUGAGGCAUUCCAGACCAUUAUCAACAAUGUAAGCUACAACAGAGAGAUCCAGAAUAUACGGAACAGCUCUGUAAGGACCAAAUUAGAACCGGAGUCAUACUUGGAUGAUAUAGUGACUUGCAGCCAGAUUGUGUACAGUUACAAUCCUGAAAAAACAAAAAAGGAUUCAGGUUGGCGAUCAGCUAUUUGCCCAGAUUAUUGUCCUAAUAUGUAUGAAGAAAUGGAAACAUUAGCCAGUGUGCUUCAGUCAGAUAUUGGUCAAGACAUGCGUGUUCAUAACAGCACGUUUCUGUGGUUCAUCCCUUUUGUUCAAUCCCUCAUGGAUCUCAAGGACUUAGGGGUGGCUUAUAUAGUAGAGGUUAUUCAUCAUCUGCACUCUGAAGUCAAAGAUGUUCUCAACCAAAGAAAUGCCGUGUGUGACAAAGUCACUGAAUUUUUUCUUCUAAUUUUGGUGUCAGUGAUUGAACUGCAUAGAAAUAGAAGAUGUUUACAUUUGCUGUGGGUUAGUUCCCAGCAGUGGGUGGAAGCUGUUGUAAAAUGUGCUAAACUGCCUACCACUGCAUUUGAACGGAGUUCCGAAAAAUCAUCUGGAAAUUGUGCCAAAGGAGCAGCGAUGAUAUCAUCUUUAUCAUUGCAUUCAAUGCCAUCUAACUCUGUACAAUAUGCUUGUGUUCAGCUGAUUAGAAGUCUCCUUAAAGAAGGUUAUCAACUUGGGCAGCAAACUCUUUGUAAGCGAUUCUGGGAUAAGCUCAAUUUAUUCCUUCGAGGAAAUUUAUCUCUAGGUUGGCAGUUGACUAGUCAGGAAACUAAUGAGUUACAAACUUGUCUAAAGCAAAUUAUUAGAAACAUAAAAGUCAAAGUACCUCAGUGUAGUAAUUCUGUGGAUCUGACUUCUGUAUGUAAAACUCCUCCAUCUCUAUCUUAUAGUAAAGAAGAAAAUGAACAUAUAGGGAAGUCUAAAAAAGAUACACAUUAUCUGGAAAAUUCUAGCCCAACAUUUUCUAAAGAACCAAUGAAGGCUGAUGCAUAUCAACUGGAAGAGAGUAUAUUGAUCAAAACAAGUAACAUUGUGGCAGAGGACAAUGAGGAAAACUAUGUAAAAGUUUCAAUACUAGAAGACCAUCUCUCAGCUGAAUCAUGCUUCAACCAGGGUAAAAGCCUUUUUACUUUAAGAGCUCAAGAUCAAGUUAAAAUAAAUACAAGGAAGGAGAAGUAUAUAAAAGAGAACUCUGCAUAUACACCUCAGAAUUGUACUUCAAGAAAAGAUCCAGAAAAGGGAUGUGGCAGAGGAGUAAUAAUAUCACCAUGUAUGUUGACUGGUCCUAGCAUUGAUUCCCUGGAAAAUGUGUCCACAUCAAAUGAAGAUUUCUCUUCAAAGGAUGAUGCUCUCAGUAAAACCUCAAAACCAAAAACUAAGGCACAGAAAGAUGAAAUCUGUGCUAAGUUAUCGCAUGUAAUAAAGAAGCAAUGCCGGAAAAGUACUUUGGUCAAUAAUGUAAUUAGUUUAGAAGAAAACUUGAUUGUAGCUAACAUUGAGCGUUCUUAUUCAAGAAAAGAUUCAGGAGGUGGUCAGAAAGGAGAUGGCUUCAUACACAAUCUGUCUUUAGACCCUAAUAGUAUUCUGGAUGAUAAUGAAAGUGGAGGGCAAAAAUCUCAAAGUAGUGUAUUGCUGAAAAAAAAACAGUUGAAGAAUGAAAAAGUAGAUAUUUUCUCUUCCCGUGAAAAUAACUGUCAGAUACAGGAAAAUUGUGUUGAUGGUAAGGAUAUGAUCUCAUUUACAGAAGUGACCAAUACUUUAGUGAAGAAAACAUCUUCCUUUAAAGAUACUGUGGCUGUAUUUGAAUCAAAGGAUAAGGAAAUGAGUAAGAUUACUGAUCAGGUUUCUUCUUACUUGACAAGAGAACAGGCCUUUUGCAUCAGUCCUAAGUCAGAAAUCUUAACAGAUUCUCAGGUAGACAGAGACCUCCACAAAUUGUCUUUAAUAGCUCAAGAUAGUGUUAUUAAGUUUCCAUCUGAUUCAACUAAAAAAAAAAGCUCAUCUCAGCUACAAAGAAAAGAAAAAGACGAUCGAUGUUUCACAUCUAACCAAAAUAAUGAAUUUACUGUUGUCAGAAAAUCUUGCCGUGGACAGAUUAUUGUUAUUUCAGAUUCUGAUGAUGAUGGUGAUGAUGAUGAUGAUGAUGGUGGUGGUGGUGGUGAUCGAAAAAUUCUCAGUUUUGAGAAACAUAUUGAAAAAGACAAAAUAUGCAUUGAGAAAGAAUAUCCAGAGCGGCAUGCUUUGAAAGCUAAUACUGAUGUGGAAAAUAAACUAAUAAAGGAGGAAAGAACACAGUUUGAGGACUCUGAGUCUCAGAUUUUUGAGUUUGAAAGUCCACAUGAGGUGUUUUCAGUUUGGCAAGAUCAUAAACCAGAUGACAAGAAUUCAGUUCAGAAGGAUGAAAAAAAAUCCUUUUUGACUCAUGUAACUGAUUCCACAAAUGAUUGGGGUUGUAAUAGAGAUAGUGUAUCUGAAGAGAUGAUUACAGAAAUAGAAGGUAUUGAAGAACACGCAGAACCACAGAGUAGUAGCAUUUCUGUUGAGAAAUUUUGUGAAAUUGAAGUAAAACCUAAGAGAAAAAGAUUUGAAAAACCUUUGACUGAAGAUCCCCUAAGGGCUUCAUCUUCGGUCAGAAAGAAGGACCAGUCUGAAAUUCUUGAUGAGAGAGAUCUUAAUGAAAGUGAUUUUGAAACUACAGAAGUAAGGACUACCACUCCCAAUUCAAGUAUUCAGAAAGCUGCUACGAUUUCACUAAAAAAGUCUUCUCCAAAGCAUCGUACUUGCUCAAAACCUGUUAAGAAAGUCCCAGUUUCUAAAACUACUAAGAAAACACAUUCAGAUGCAAAAAAAGGGCGAAGUAAAAGUCCAAAUUACAUAAGUUGUAGGACUACUCCUGCUAUAGUUCCACCAAAGAAAUUUCGCCAGUGUCCUGAACCAACUUCAACAGUUGAAAAACUUGGUCUAAAAAAGGCUCCACGUAAGGCAUUUGAGUUGUCUCAGCAAUCUUUAGAGUGUUUGUUUCAAUUACGUGAUUAUGGCAAAACUGUUGGAGAAGUUGAUAAGCGAAAAAAGACUAAAUUAAUUUCUCCUCAGACUCUAUCUGUCAGAAAUAAUAAACUGCUGACCAGUCGAGAUUUUCAGUUGCAGAGACAGAUGAAACCCAAAUCACAACAAAAUAAACAAGGAAUUCUUGAUGAUGAAAGUACAGAUACUGUAAGGGCAGGGCAUCAUGCAGCAUCAAAUGCUAGCACAAUUGUACCAGAAUCUGAUGGAUUAGAUCAUACUUGUGAAGGAGGAACUGAUGUGAUUGCAAACAAUACUGGAAAACAAUUAAAAUGCAGUUCUUCUGAACCAGAAAACAGAACUGCAAAAUGUGUUCCUCAGGUGGCUGAUGAUACUAAUCUUUUGAAUCAGUGUGAUUCUGUAGUGUUCAGUGGAAGAAUACCAGCAAAUGAAAUAAUUGUUUCUGCUUCAGAAGGCUGCUCUUCAGGUGGAGGUGAUGUCAUAGUACAUCAGUCUGAAGUGGCAGCUUUGAAAGAGGGAGAGGCUGACUCUAACAGUGAUACAGAGUACGAUAAUUUAUUUUUAACUCAGAAUGACCCUGAAGAUAUGGAUAUAUGUUCACAAAUGGAGGCUGAUAAAGUUAUUGAAGUAGUUCAUGGAAAAAAUACAGUUCAGAUAGAAGACUCUGUAACUCUGCCUCAGUUGGAAUCUUUGAGUAGCAAAAAGUGUAAGCAGAAAGAUUGUGUUGAAAUCACAAAAAAACAGGAUGAUUACUGCUCAAGACACUCUGAAGCUAAAGCAACAGAUGAAGAUGUAUUUCGUAAACCUGGCUUACCUCUUUCUGCAUCUAAACCUUUAAGGCCUUCCACUAUUAAAAUUUUUAGCUCAAGUAGUACUUCACGAAUUGCUCAUCUUUCAAAGUCUAUGGAAAAUACUUCAGCAGUUCCACCAACACUAAGAAAUAAGUCAACUGGUGGGCAGUCUAUUGGGAAAGUAACACAGCCAACCUCUCUGAUGUCUCAGAAGCCAGUGGGUGAAGGAAAGAGUUUCUGCAAUGUUCUUUCUCAGAUUCCAAAUAAUUCCAGUAGAGAAGCUUACAAACUUCCAUUUGGGGAAAGCAAAUUAUUUUCGACUUCCUCUCCAGUAAGCAUUCUCUCAUCAUCACAGUCCAUCUCUGAUACCUUCGUUAAAGAGAUCUUAAAAUGGAAAUAUGAAAUGUUUGUGAACUUUGAUCAGUGUGGGCCCCCAGCAAGUCUUUCUCAGUCUAUCUCAAGACCUGUGCCUGUCAGAUUUCAAGAUUGUGAAGAUUAUUUUAAUGUUUUUCUUCCUUUGAUGAUACUGAAUACUUUUGAAACAGUGGCACAAGAAUGGCUCAGUUCUCCAGUUAAAGAGAUUUUCCAUCAGUUGCAUUUACGGAAAUUUCCUGCUGAUUAUAAAAAAUACUGGGAAUUUGUGGUUUAUCUUGAGGAAAAUGAUCUGGCUAAACAGCUUCACCCAAAGGAAAAUGAUUUGGUGUUUUUGGUUCCUGAAAGGCUAAAUGGAGAGAACGAUAUGCAAAGAAAUCUCAUGCAAGAUCCCUAUGAAUAUUAUUGUGGUUAUGUUUAUAAAUUUCGCCGUACUUCAGUCAUGCGUAAUGGGAAAUCCGAGUGUUCCCUUUCUAUCCAGACUCAAGACAAUUUGCCAGUAAAUGUAAAUGAGCUUGUGAAAUGUAUUGUAAUCAGUUCUCUGGUAACUACACAAAGGAAGUUGAAAGCCAUGUCUCUGUUGAGUGGUCGAAACCAACUGGCCAGAGCUAUUCUGAAUCCAAACCCCAUGGACUUCUGUACAAAAGAUUUACUAACUACAACAUCUGAGAGAAUUAUUACCUACUUAAGAGAUUUCAAUGAAGACCAAAAGAAAGCAAUAGAAACUGCCUAUGGCAUGGUGAAACACUCACCAUCAGUUGCCAAAAUCUGUCUGAUUCAUGGACCACCUGGAACAGGAAAAUCAAAAACUAUUGUUGGCCUCUUAUAUCGCCUACUGACAGAGAACCAGAGGAAGGGAUAUUCAGAUGAAAACUCCAAUGCCAAAAUCAAACAAAACCGUGUUCUUGUGUGUGCACCUUCCAAUGCAGCUGUUGAUGAACUUAUGAAAAAAAUUAUCCUCGAAUUCAAGGAAAAAUGUAAAGACAAGAAGAAUCCUAUGGGAAACUGUGGAGAUAUAAAUUUGGUACGACUGGGGCCAGAAAAGUCUAUUAAUAAUGAAGUCCUAAAAUUCAGUUUGGACAGCCAAGUUAACCACAGAAUGAAAAAAGAGUUACCUUUCCAUGUUCAGGAGAUGCAUAGAAGAAAAGAAUUUCUAGAUCAUCAACUAGAUGAACUUUCUCGCCAGCGUGCUUUGUGCCGAGGUGGAAGGGAAAUACAGAGACAAGAAUUUGAUGAAAAAAUUGCCACCGUUUCAAAAGAAAGGCAAGAACUUGCUUCUCAAAUUAAAGAGGUUCAAGGACGCCCACAAAAAACACAGAAUAUCAUCAUCUUAGAGUCCCAUGUCAUCUGCUGCACAUUGAGCACAAGUGGUGGUUUACUGCUUGAGUCUGCUUUCCGUGGACAAGGUGGUGUCCCCUUCAGUUGUGUCAUUGUUGAUGAGGCUGGACAGUCUUGUGAAGUUGAGACUCUUACUCCACUCAUCCAUCGGUGCAACAAACUUAUCCUAGUAGGAGAUCCUAAACAGCUCCCUCCCACAGUCAUAUCUAUGAAGGCAUUGGAAUAUGGCUAUGACCAGUCGAUGAUGGCUCGCUUCUACAAGCUGCUGGAAGAGAAUGUAGAGCACAAUGUCAUCGGCAGGCUCCCUGUUUUACAGCUCACUGUUCAGUACAGGAUGCACCCAGACAUAUGUCUCUUCCCUUCUAAUUAUGUGUAUAACAGAAACUUGAAAACAAACAGACUGACUGAAACCAAUCGAUGUUCAUCAGACUGGCCGUUUCAACCUUACCUUGUGUUUGAUGUCGGAGAUGGUUCAGAAAGACGGGAUAAUGACUCAUAUGUUAAUGUUCAAGAAAUAAAAUUGGUGAUGGAAAUAAUUAAACUGAUUAAAGACAAAAGAAAGGAUGUUACUUUCCGAAACAUUGGCAUAAUAACUCAUUACAAGGCUCAGAAGAGGAUGAUUCAGAAGGAUUUGGACAAAGAGUUUGAUAGAAAAGGACUUGCAGAAGUAGAUACUGUGGAUGCAUUCCAGGGUCGUCAGAAGGAUUGUAUUAUUGUUACUUGUGUCAGAGCAAAUGCUAUGCAAGGCUCAAUUGGAUUCCUGGCAAGUUUGCAGAGAUUGAAUGUCACCAUUACGCGAGCCAAGUACAGCCUUUUCAUCCUUGGACAUUUGAGGACUCUGAUGGAAAAUCAACAUUGGAAUCACCUGAUUCAGGAUGCUCAGAAGCGUGGUGCCAUCAUUAAGACCUGUGACAAAAACUAUAGGCAUGAUGCAAUGAAGAUUCUGAAACUGAAACCUGUACUACAGAGAAGUCUGACUCACCCUCCUACUGUAGCCCCAGAGAUGUCCAGACCUGAGGGUGAGUUUCCCAGCAACAAGCUCGACAAUGGAUUCACUAAGACAGCUUAUUCUUCUCUGUGUCACAGUCCCACUGACUCCAAGGAAGCUGUUGUUACUGUUACUUCAAAGGACCCUGAAAGGCCUCCUAUUCAAGACCGACUUCGGGAUCCACGACUGCUUAAGAGAAUGGGCUCUGAAGCUAUCGGGAAGUUGCUAAGGGAUCCACAAUCUUAUAGUCCCCAGCAUUCUGGAGCAACAGCUCUUACAGGAGAGCCAGGGUUUCCUGUGACUUACCAGGAUCUUGACAGUAUUAUACAGCAGUCCACUCUUAGCAACCACAGACCUCACGUGCAAUGUGAACUUCCAGCGGCUAGUGCUGAUGCUUCCACAAGUAAAAGAAAAUGUGAUGAGCAAGAAGGGGGGCUCAGCCAUAGAAACGAGACCAGGGCUUUCAGUGAAGGGGAACAGGAAGUGUGUAGCUCUGUGACCCAUCUGAGGAACUCUGAUUGGAGCAAGUGGAGACUGGAGAAGGAGGACAAUAGUUCAAAGAAAAUAAAGCUUCUACAGUGAAGCCAAAGAAUGUGAACUACUAGCCACAAGCAUUACUAUAAACUUAAGAUGACUAGCUAAUAGUUUUAUCCAGCUAAGAUGAUUUUUCCCUAAAGGAGUUUGUGUGCUAUUGGAAAACAUGGAAAAUGUGUCCUGACACCUGAGGCUCUUGGUCAUCUUCAGUACUUUUUGUGAGUUGGAAAAGCUUUUAGAGGGCAUUUGUGUAUCAGUAAAAUGUCCUUCAAGCCAGAGAUUGGAAGUGUUGAUCUCUUGUUCUUCUGUAGAAAAGGUCGUCAAACUGGAGGGAAUGUUGUAAAAGUUGAAAUGUAUAUUUGUAUAGCAAAUAACAAAAUCCUUUUAAAAUUUAA